AUGAGCCAGUACAUGUCAGCUACAUCGCCGUCGUCGCUGCUUGCCUCGGCAGCAGCAGUCGCCCACGAGCCGGGGGCGACGGCUGCGCAUUGUCAGCAAGCAACGGCAGCAGCAGCAACAGCGCAGGUCCCAGCACAGCCGCCGCCGCAGUCGGCCGCAUCGUGGCCGGCGGACAUCAAGCGCAAGACGCUGCGCGUCGCCAUCGUCACGGAAAAUUUUUUGCCAAAGGUGGACGGCGUGACGAGGACGCUGGCACGGCUUCUGGAGCACCUCAACGCCGAGGGCCAUGAGGCCCUCGUCUGUGGGCCCGAGACGGGGAUGACACACUACGCCGGGCAUGCGGUCGUCGGCACAUUCGGCCUGCCGCUGAUCAUCUACCCGGGGCUGAAACUGAACUUUAUGCGCCCGCGCUUCAUCCGGCGUCUGCAGCAGUUUCAGCCGGACGUCGUGCACUUUGUCGACCCCAUCUUCCUCGGCGCGCAGUUGCUACCGUGCGUGCAACGGUGGCUGCCGCAUGUCCCGUGCGUCGCAUCGUACCACACCAACCUGCCAACGUACGCCACCCUGUUCGGCCUCCCCUGGCUCGAGCCCGCCAUGUGGCGCCUGACGCGCAGCCUGCACGACCGCUGCGAGAUGACGUUCUGCCCCAGCGAGAGCACGAGGCGCAUGCUUCGCGCCAAAGGCUUCAAAAACGUGCAGAUUUGGAGCAGGGGCGUCGACACGGAUAUUUUCAAUCCCCAAGCACGCGACGAGAACCUGCGCGCAAGCUGGGGCUGCACGCCCAAGCCCGAAGCGCUGCAGAUGCCUCUCACGCCGUCUGUCGUGCCCAGCAAGGCUGACCACAACGGCAGCGGGCGCAGCCUUCACCCCGCCGCAGACGGCCACAGCGCUUCCUCUAGUGGCAGCAGCAUCGACGACUCGUUCAUUUGCACUCCGCCCUCCUCGACCGUCUGGCAACACUCCGGCCCCGGCAUCGGCGCCAAACGCGGCACCGUUGCGUUCCUCGGUGGCAUCGGCGCCUGUCCUGAAAUGAGCCCGCCGCCCGCAUACGAUAGCCUCGCGGGUAUCCCCGAGCUUCCGCUCGGUACCAUCGCCAACUUUGCACUCCCCCCGCCUGCCGUCUGCUUCCCGGCCCAGCAGCAUGCGACAUACGCCUCUUCCCUCGCCGCUCUCGAGGACAAGCUCCAUCUCGCCUCAGCCGCCGCUUUAGCCGAAUCUGAAAGCGCCACCGCCACCGCUGCCGAAAGCAGCCGCACGGUGAUCCUGUACGUCGGACGCAUCUCGUGGGAGAAAAACCUGCGCCUGCUCAUCGAGGCGUUCCGCCUGCUGCCCUCGUCCGUACGCGAGUGCGCUAAGCUCGUUUUUGUCGGCGAUGGCCCCGCACGCGCGGAGCUGACGCGCCUUUGCGACAGGCUCGGCCUGGACGCUAGCUUCAUGGGCCACCAGAAGGGCAAGCGCCUCGCGGCCAUGUACGCCAGCAGCAGCGUCUUUGCGUUCCCCAGCUUCACCGAGACGUUCGGACAGGUCGUCCUCGAAGCGCUCGCUAGUGGCCUUCCUGUCGUUGGCCUCCAUGCAGAAGGAACCAGCGACCUCGUCUGUCACGGCAAGUCCGGCCUGUUGCUCGACAUCAAUACUGCCAGCAGCAGCAGCAACAUCAAUAACACGAGUGCCAGCCCAGCGGAAGCCCUCCUGCCUUCUUCUACUUCGUUGUCGUCGUCGUCGAUACACAGGGCGAGCCCUUCGAGCCAAGACUCGGCGACCAGCUUUGCGGACGCGGCGAACGAAGCGAGCGACAGGCUCAGCAGCCCACCGCGUCCUCGGCAGCAGCAGCAGCGCUUCACCGCAGCGUCCGGAACAGGAGUGCAAAGCCGGCCGAUCCCUUCGGUCUUCGAUUUCGCGCACGCCAUGUCACCGAACAACGCGGGCGCAUUCACUGCCUGCGCCAAGUCGUACAGCAUGCUCCUCGAGCGCCUCAUCCUCAACCGACCGCUGCGCGCCGCGAUGGGCCAACGCGCGCUGCAGUACGCGUCUCGCAAGACCUGGUGGGACGCCAUGGACGCCGUUGUCGUCAACUACGAAACGGUCGUCCGCAGCCACAGCCCCGCGCGCAGCCUUGACCUCGACGCCGAGCAGCUCGAUGCACUCAGGAAGAAUCAGAUCCUCACGGUCAAGCCUGCGCUCACCGGCCCGUGGACCAAGUUAUUCAUCGCGCUCUACAUUGCCUUUUUCGCUUUCCUUUUCGCGUACCUCUGGUGA